UGAAAAUAAAAGAUGAGGUGCUAGGUUAGGUUUAUGUAAAAUUGAAGAAAGAGCGUAGAAAUGGGUUUGAGGAAGGAAGAGGAAUGAAAAUGAGAAUGGCAUCGGAGAGAGAUAGAGAACAUCCAUAGACCAUAAUGCUACAGCCACUAAAACAUGUAACCAAAUGCAGAUCCCUCUUCUCUUCUUUUCUCAUUCACAUCAACAACCCUUCUUCCUUUUCUUCUUCUUCUUCAUCUUCUUCUUCUCAUAACUGCCACACCGUCUUAAGAUCCUACAUCAAGGACUGGUUCAACACGCGCGACCCACUCAUCACCCGAAUCUUUCAGAUUCUUUCUUCGACGGACUCUUCCUCCGACGCCGCCCUCGACGCCUCUCUCGCCGCCCUAACACUGCCCCGUCUCGACGAGUCCUUCGUCCUCACCGUACUCCACCAUGGCACCGCCGCUGCCGACGUCUACCCCUGCCUCCGCUUCUUCGAUUGGGCCGGCCGCCAGUCCGGCUUCCACCACACUCGCGGCACCUUCUCCGCCAUCUUCCGAAUCCUUGCACGCAACAGAUCAAUGUCAACCAUCAUCGAGUUCCUCCAAUCCUUCCGCCGCCGUGGUCCAGCCUUCUAUCCCCGUGCACGGUUCAACGAUACUCUCGUCAUUGGAUAUGCUAUUGCGGGUAAACCUGAGAUUGCACUCCAACUAUUUGGUAAAAUGCGGUUUAAUGGCUUGGACUUGGAUACCUUUGGUUACCAUGUGCUUUUGAAUGCCCUUGUUGAAGAGAGUUAUUUCGAUGCUGUUAAUGACAUUAUUAGGCAGAUUAGGAUGAGAGGUUUUGAGAAUCGGUAUACCAAUGUGCUUAUUAUGAAGAGUUUGUGCAAGCAGGGUAAGUUGGAUGAAGCUGAAGUGUUCUUGUUUGGCUUGGUAGAUGGUGGCAAGAAGCUUCAUGGCUCCGAGGUGAGUAUUCUUGUCCGUGCUUUAUGUCGGAGCAAUAGGUUUGAUCAUGCUGUUCGAUUGGUUAGCGAGUUUGGGGAUUCGGGAGUGGUGCCGUUGGAUCAUGCUUAUGGGGUUUGGAUAAGGGGCCUUGUGCAGGGUGGCCGGUUGGACGAGGCCUUGGACUUUUUCAAACAGAAGAAGGAAAAUAAAGGAUACAUUCCUGGUUUGGCGAGGUACAACGUGUUGAUUUACAGGCUCUUGAGGGAGGACAGGCUCGAUGAGGUGUAUGAUUUGUUCAUGGACAUGUAUGAGACUGCUGUUCCACCUAACACAGUUACCAUGAAUGCCGUGCUGUGCUUCUUUUGCAAGAAGGGAAUGGUGGAUGAUGCUCUUGAUUUGUUCAAGUCGAGGUCAGAAUUUAUGCUGUCCCCAAAUCAUAUGGCUUACAAGUACUUGAUACUUACUUUGUGUUGGGACGGAAACGCCAAGGAAGCAUUUAGUGUGUUGAAGAGCUCAAUUGAUCACCAUUUUAUUCCCGAUAGACGGACCUUUACUAGGCUUGCCAAUGUUCUGUGUAGAGAGUGCAUGAUUGAUGAGAUGAAAGAGUUGCUCCAUCUUGCCUUGAAAUGGAAAAUUAUGCCUAAUGCUUCCAUGUAUGAUAACUUUAUAACGGCACUGUGUCGGGCGGGAAGAGUGGAAGAUAGUUAUUUGAAUAGGGGAGAUAUUGCUGCUCGUCUUCUCGUUGAAAUGAAGGAGAAGGGUCAUAAAGUGACACCAGCUCUAUGUAGAGUUGUUCUUUGUUGUUUACUUCAGAUGGACAAUUCAAGAUCUCGGUUUUUCAGUUUGUUCGAGAUGCUGUCCCAUAAUGAUCGUCAACAUUAUAUUUAUGAUUGUUUCAUUGAUGCAGCUGGGCAUGCCAAGCAGGCUGAGUUGGCUUGGAAAGUGCUUGAGUUGAUGCAGAGGAAUGGCAUUCAGCCCACUUCAUCUUCUCUAAGUCUUAUGUUGAAAGCUUAUUUGAAAAGUGGAAGGACUUCUGAUGCUCUUAUCUUCUUUAAUAAUGUUUGGUCUCGUGGAUUGGCGACUAAAAAGUUAUAUAAUUGCUUUGUUAUUUUUCUCUGCAAGAGCAAGAAUCCUGAACCUGCGUAUCAGUUCUUCCUCAAAAUGUUAGAAGACGGUUUAAAUCCAAGCAUUGAAUGCUAUGAAAUUCUUGUACAGGAGCUCUGUUCAUCGGAAAGAUAUCACGAGGCAGUGAAUCUUGUUGAUAUGUAUGAGAAAAUGGGACGUCGAUUAACCUCUUUUCUCGGUAACAUACUUCUUUAUCGAUCUAUGUUUUCACCGGAAGUUUACAAUGCCUGUGUUCGUUUAAGAGGAGUGAAAGAGGAGGGAAAAACUGAUUGGUCAAUGCUUAGCUUUGUGGUUGGUGCAUUUCGUCGUCAUCAUAGAGUUAGCCAUGUUGAGGACUUGGAGAAAUUAAUCGCAAAGUGCUUUCCACUUGACAUUUACACUUACAAUUUGUUGUUGAGAAAAGCAUGGAAGAGUGAUAAGGAGCAGGCUUGUCAGUUGUUUGAAAGGAUGUGUCAAAGGGGCUUUGAGCCCAACCAGUGGAUUUAUAGCACCAUGGUUGAUGGUUUCAAAAGGCAUGGGAUGAGAGACAAGGCUGAGAGGUGGUUUCAAGAAAGUAAAAGGAUAUUCUCCAACAGAGAAACCAGAAUGCUCAUUUAAGGAACAAUUGAUCAGUAUGCGUUAGAUAUCCAAAAUGGUCCACCCAAUUUUUGUAAGGAUAUUUUUUAGAAUUGCAUUUUUGUCAAAAGAAAAAAGUUAUCUUGGAUGCGUUGGAUUUA